ACAGAAUUUGUGAAAUUUGCUAAUUUUUUAUGUCUGACAAUUUUAAUGGGGGACGGGGAGAAGUUAAAAUUUAGUACGAUUUUGACUUAUUUGAGAGAGAGAGAGAAAAGAAGAAGAAAAAAGCGAGAUAUUUUCCACAAGGCUAUCUACUUCGGUACGAUGUCAUUGUUACCAUAUGUUCAAGUCUGAUUCUACACUCCCACCAUAUCAACCAUUAUCAUACUAUACUUUUUUCUUCUAAUAAUGGCUGCUACAACACGUUCCCUUGCAUCCAAAUACGAUGUGUUCCUCAACUUCAGAGGGGAAGACACGCGCCAUGGUUUUACUGGCAAUCUCUACAAGGCUCUUCAUGACAGGGGAAUCUACACUUUCAAUUAUGAGCUGGAGCUUCUGAGAGGAGAGAAAAUAGUACCUGCACUUUCCAAGGCAAUUCAAGAGUCCAGGAUUGCUAUUACUGUGCUUUCUGAAAACUAUGCUUAUUCCUCAUUUUGUUUAGAUGAACUUGUAACCAUCCUUGACUACAAGAGUGAAGGGCUGUUGGUUAUACCGGUCUUUUACAAAGUAGAUCCUUAUUAUGUCAGCCACCAGCGAGGUAGUUAUGGAGAAGCAAUGGCUAAGCAUGAGAAAAGGUUCGAAUCUAAGAUGGAGAAGCUGCAGAAAUGGAGGACGGCUUUGCAUCAAGUAGCUGACUUGUCUGGCUAUCAUUUCGAAGAUGGAGAUGCAUAUGAAUUCAAAUUUAUUGAGAGUAUUGUUGAGGAGCUCUCUAGGAAGAUUAGUCGGGCUACUUUACCUGUUGGGGAUUAUCAAGUUGGUCUAGAGUCACAAGUGACAGAGGUAAUGAAGCUUUUGGAUGUUGGAUCCCAUGAUGGUGUCCACAUCAUAGGGAUCCAUGGAAUAGGCGGGUUAGGAAAAACAACACUUGCUCUGGCAGUAUAUAAUUUGAUUGCUCUCCAAUUUGAUGAAUCCUGUUUUCUUGAAAACGUGAGAGAAGAAUCAAAUAAACAUGGGUUAAAACACCUUCAAAGCAUCAUUAUUUCAAAAUUACUUGGUGAGAAGGACAUCAACUUAACAAGUUGGCAAGAAGGAGCUUCAAUGAUACAAAGUAGGCUCCGAAGAAAGAAGGUUCUCUUGAUUUUAGACGAUGUCAACAAGCGCGAGCAAUUAAAGGCUUUUGUUAGAAGAUCUGAUUGGUUUGGUCCCGGUAGCAGAGUCAUCAUUACCACUCGGGACAAACAUAUUCUAAAAUAUCAUGAGGUUGAAAGAACUUAUGAGGUGAAGGUUUUGAAUCAGAGUGCUGCUCUUCAAUUGCUUAAGUGGAAUGCUUUUAAAAGAGAAAAAAUUGAUCCAAGUUAUGAGGACGUCUUGAAUCGUGUAGUAGCUUAUGCUUCUGGCCUUCCAUUGGCUUUGGAAGUCAUAGGCUCGGCCUUGUUUGAAAAAACUGUAGCAGAAUGGGAAUCUGCUGUGGAACAUUAUAAAAGAAUUCCCAGUAAUGAAAUCCAAGAGAUACUAAAAGUAAGCUUUGAUGCUUUGGAGGAAGAACAAAAGAAUGUUUUUCUUGAUAUUGCUUAUUUCUUGAAAGGGUAUAAAUGGAAAGAGGUUGAUGAUAUACUCCGUGCUCUUUAUGGUAACUGCAAGUAUCAUAUUGCGGUGUUGGUUGAAAAAUCUCUCAUAAAGCAUAAGCGCUCUAAUAGUGAUACUGUUGAAAUGCACGACCUGAUUCAGGACAUGGGUAGAGAAAUUGGGCGGCAGAGAUCACCAGAAGAGCCCUGGAAGUGCAAGAGAUUAUGGUCACCAAAAGAUACAAUUCAAGUUUUAAAACACAACACGGGAACUAGUAAAAUUGAAAUCAUAUGUCUGGAUUGCUCCAUAUCUGAGAAAGAAGAAACAGUGGAAUGGAAUGAAAACGCCUUCAUGAAGAUGGAAAACCUUAAAAUACUUAUUAUUAGAAAUGGCAAAUUUUCCAAAGCUCCCAGUUAUUUUCCAGAAGGUUUGAGAGUACUGGAAUGGCACAGAUAUCCUUCAAAUUGUUUACCAUCUAACUUUAAUCCGAACAACCUUGUUAUAUGCAACUUACCUGACAGUUCCAUGACGUCAUUUGAGUUCCAUGGCUCAUCGAAGGCAUGUUUAAAGAGUAUAUUUUCCUCAUUGCAUGGCUCAUCGAAGAAGCUCGGGCAUCUAACAGUUUUGAAUUUUGACUGGUGCAAAUUUUUAACCCAGAUACCUGAUGUAUCUGAUCUUCCAAAUUUGAGGGAACUUUCAUUUCAAUGGUGUGAGAGUUUAGUUGCAGUUGAUGAGUCAAUUGGUUUUCUGAAGAAACUUAAAAUAUUGAAUGCUGCUGGUUGCAGGAAGCUUACGAGUUUUCCGCCUCUCAACUUGACCUCUCUUGAAACACUUGAACUUUCUCACUGUUCCAGUCUAGAGUAUUUGCCAGAAAUAUUAGGAAAGAUGGAAAACAUAAGGGAACUUUCAUUUCAAUGGUGUGAGAGUUUAGUUGCAGUUGAUGAGUCAAUUGGUUUUCUGAAGAAACUUAAAAUAUUGAAUGCUGCUGGUUGCAGGAAGCUUACGAGUUUUCCGCCUCUCAACUUGACCUCUCUUGAAACACUUGAACUUUCUCACUGUUCCAGUCUAGAGUAUUUGCCAGAAAUAUUAGGAGAGAUGGAAAACAUAAGGGAACUUUCAUUUCAAUGGUGUGAGAGUUUAGUUGCAGUUGAUGAGUCAAUUGGUUUUCUGAAGAAACUUAAAAUAUUGAAUGCUGCUGGUUGCAGGAAGCUUACGAGUUUUCCACCUCUCAACUUGACCUCUCUUGAAACACUUGAACUUUCUCACUGUUCCAGUCUUGAGUAUUUUCCAGAAAUAUUAGGAGAGAUGGAAAACAUAAAGGCACUUCAUUUGGAACGCCUUCCCAUAAAAGAAUUGCCAUUUUCAUUUCAAAAUCUUAUUGGACUCCGUGAGAUAACCCUGAGGAGGUGUAGAAUUGUUCGGUUACGAUGUAGCUUAGCCAUGAUGCCCAAUCUGUUUCGAUUCCAAAUUAGAAAUUGCAACAGCUGGCAAUGGGUAGAAUCGGAAGCAGGUGAAGAAAAAGUGGAGGUUAGAUAUCCAAAUGUGUUAGACUUAGAGAGCUCUGCAUCAGAAAGCCCCUCCUUGCUACAAACCAUAGCUUUGGGGACACGCAAGUUUUCCGUAGCUUUUUUCUUAUUUUUUUCAUGUUUUUUAUUUUAUUAUUUUGGUUUAAGUUGUCAAAAAUUCACUUAACCCAACUGAUGUUCACCCUAUCUUCAUCACGUACUUUUGAUUCAUUUAUAUUCAUCUUUCACGACUUUAUGCAUUUUCUAUAUAUAACCUUUCAAGUUU